CUUUUUGUCGGAGUGGCGACAUAAGGACAAGAGAAACGGAGACUUGUUCAGCUAUAUCUCGUCUUCUAAGGAAAAUCAUCUCUUUUUUGGCAAAGUUGAUUUGCCAGAGGCACAUCUGCGGGUUUCUACAGCUGGACUCAGGAGGAGUACUACAUAUUUGCAUUUAUUUAUUUAACUGACUUUGCUACCGUAAUUAGACGUAAGGAAAAAUCGCAUUUGCACUUUGGACAAAGAAAAUAGCUUGCAGUGCUGGUCUUUGUGCCAUUUAAACAUUUAUACCGGAAUAUUAGAAAAGUAUUUUAAAUGCAUAUUGAAUGUAUGCAGUUUGCACACUUUUGAUUUGUUGAAAAAACAAUUAUACCGACUGCGUGUACCGGCAUUAAGAACGGUUUACGAGUAACGUAACGUUUGUCAAGCGAACUUGCUUACUAACGUUAUUUAUUACACAACUUGAAAUCUUGCGAAUAACACGUCGUUUUUUUCGCUGAAACGGAAUUAUCAUUUUAUUUCGCAUUUUACGAACGUUACUUGGUGCUAAAUUUAAUCCGCAUUGAAGAUGAUACGGAUACCCAAAGGAGUCUCUCCUGCAUCAGGCAGAGGUGCCGUUGGAAUUGCUUGCUCGCAGAAGAAAGUUUUCCCCGGACUAUCUGAUUUUUUCAGUACGGGGAUAUCGAGUCCACAGAUGAACACUGUACCGGCGGGAUAUUUCACCCAGAUCUGCAACACGACAGCUGCAGAGCAGAGAGCUAACUGCUUGUAUGCAACCCCCCACGGCCCCCAAGCUAAACCCGUCAGAGUGUCCUCCGCCGGCAGACUACCGGCCAAGAGGAAGCUGGACCUAGAGGAUCCAUUGUACCUUCCGGGCUUCCGUACCCCAAAGGGUAAAGGAAAUGUGCCCAUUGCACGAGUGCCCAGUCCUAAGACACCCAAGUCUCCUGGCGAGCGGACCCGGUACGACACAUCCCUGGGCCUGCUCACCAAGAAGUUUGUGGGUCUGCUCAGUGAGUCGCCCGACGGUGUUCUUGACCUGAACUGGGCCACUGAGGUUCUGGAGGUCCAGAAGAGGCGGAUCUACGACAUUACAAAUGUUCUAGAGGGGGUCCAGCUCAUCCGCAAGAAGUCCAAGAACAACAUCCAGUGGCUGGUUGGGGGAGUGUUUGAGGGCUCUGCCGCUGGAGAGAAGACCCAUUCGCUGAGGAGGGAGCUGAGUGCGCUCGAACGAGAGGAGAAGAUUCUGGACGAGCUGAUCCAGUCCAGCACCAACCAACUGAGAGAACUGACUGAGGACAAAGACAACCAGAGGUUAGGCUAUGUGACCUAUCAGGACAUCCGCUCCAUCGGGAGCUGGCAGGACCAGACGGUCUUUGCGGUGAAGGCGCCGACAGAAACCAAACUGGACCUGCCUGAGCCCUCAGAGGGCUCCCUGCAGAUCUACCUGAAGAGUAAGAACGGGCCCAUCGAGGUCUACCUGUGCCCGGAGGAGAUUCUGGAGGACACCAGCCCAGUGAAGAGUGCCACCCCCAGGAAGGACCUGCUGCAUGGCAUCUCCUCCUCCGCGGGCACCUCCUCCGCGGGCACCUCCUCGUCACUGCCCCAGCUGCAGAUCAAACAGGAACCAAUGACAGACCUCCCUAAGCCUCAGACUCCAGGCCCUGUUCCCAGCAGCAGUAGCGUGGGCUCCUCUCUGCUGGACGUGGAGAGGAUCCUGGGCCUGCCCCCCAGCCUGCUUCAGAUGACAGAGGACCAGCUCCCCGGCACGGUCUUCGCCCCCGACACCUCUGUCCCCUUCGUCAGCCUCUCGCCCCCCCUCGACCACGACGACUACCUGUGGGGGCUGGACGAGGGCGAUGGCGUGACGGACUUCUUUGACACGUACGACUUGGGAGACCUGCUCAGAAGCUGAGGAAAGGAAAGACGAGGGGAGAUGAAGAGACGUGUUCCAACUAGAAGGGUGUGAACAGUGCCCUCUGCUGGCCACCAAAGGGAGGAGCACUGUUGACAUACACGCAAUGAAGCCAUGAUUACUUGCUUUAGUUUAGCCCUAAUUACAGAUAGUUGAUGUUAACUUUAUUUUAAUUUAAUUAUUGGAUUGGAAUUUCUGUUUAAAGUAUUUUUUGUACUAUAGUUUUAGUCUGUAAUUGUAUAUUGAAUUUACAAUUGAAUUUGUAAUUGUAAAUGUAUUGUGUAGAGUUUUGUCAUUUUUCUUUCUAAUUUGUACAUUUGUCUUUUAAUUCAGUCACAUUUCAGGCUCUUCAGAAUGAUCUUCUAGAGUCUGUUGAAGUGAGGUAGAGUUGGUGGGGAGUUGUGUGAGGGAGGGGGGUAUCAGUCUCAGGAACUCGCUCCGAAGCUAAAUGUGUAUACAACUUUCAACCAGCUGGGGGCAGCAGAUACUUUUUUUUUUAAAUCGGUCAAGCUUUUGCUCAGAUACAAGGUCUUGUAUGAGGUGUAGUCCUACAGUGUUCGACCUUAUGAAACUGGCAGCUAGGUUUCCAUGUUUAAAUUGUUGGCAGGUUUGUUUGCUAUCAGUAGACAUUUUAUGGGUUUCUUGUCAUCCAUUGGAUGUUGUAUUGAAUUACCCAUUUAUGGCAUUGGUAUAGAAGCCACCUUAAGCUUGAUGCUAUUGAGAGAAUGUUUUUAAAGCAAUUACAUUUGAAGCCUCUAUUACAUUGUGAAUUUAACACUGCUCAUUAGGUUACAAAGAACCUUUCCUGAUGAGAAGAUUUAGUUUUAUCUGUUUGGGGGUUUCCUUUCUCCCUCAAAUUGGAAAAGUCACUCACAAGAGUCUUAAUUUUCCCUCUGUGGGAACUAAUGUAAUCAAUGAUGGAUUUUAAAACACUGUGUCCAUUCAGUGUGUAAGGCCAGUAUGGAUAGUGGAUAUGGGUCAGUGAACCCAGACCAGUACUUUUAGUCUUCACUAAGACCAACACAACCUCAAGAGUUCAGUUCAGGGUUUACAUCCAGCGCUGGAUCAUAAUAGAGAUCCAGCUCAUUUUGUCCUGUCCUAACAAACUUGAAAAGUGUGUGUGUGUGUUUGUGUGUGUGUGUGUGUGUGUGUGUGUGUGUGAAUGUGUAUGCGUGCACGUAUUUGUGUGUGCACUCGCAUGUUUAUGAAUCUUGGCGUUUUGUAAAUGGGUUUUUAGGUUGAGGGUGGUUAUUUUCAUUUUUUUGUGUGUGAAGUGUAGUUUUGUAUAAAACAUUAUUUUUGUAAUUGUACAGAAUUCGUUUGUAUUUAUAAGUUUGAUUUCAAGUGUGUAUUGUUAUGUAAUGGCCCAUUUUUUUAAAAGAACCCUCUGUUUUUGAAACAUGCAGCACUUAAGGUUUCAAGUUUGUGGUCUUCAAAAAAUAAAAAAACACAAAAAAAUAUUA